UGCUUGAGGGAAGACUUGGAUGUAUAAAUAGAAGGCAUGAUUGUAAUGGCAGUCAUACUGUGCGCAACCAUUGUGUGUCAUCUACACGUUUUAUCUGGACAGCGCGACUUGCUAUGCAACGUGUCUUGAUUUCUAUACCUUGACCUUUCCAUACAGUUCAAAUAAAUGGAACAGGCCGCUUUUUUAUUGGAUAAGAAAAAUCAACAGUCCAAUCAUAUAGACUCUACAGACAUGAGUGAAUCAAAUAUCAAAAUGACAAGAACAGACGACACAUGUUCCCAGAUUGCUCCUGCAGUUGCCAUGGAAGAAAACCCUAAACAUGUUGAUAUCCAGGCUGAAUCCUUCUACAGACGCUUAUCUCCUAACUUGAAACAAGACAGUGAAUCCUUACCCAAUACUGACUUCGACCAGGGAACAGUUUCUCUUGUUCCAGAUAUUGACAGACCUUGUGAACCAAUUAAAAAAUCAUUUAUAAAUAGAUAUGAGGCUUCAAAUGCUAGCAGAGAUCCUGAGGAUGAUACUCAACCUACAACCGUCAUUCCGUCUAUUAAAAUUAAAAGGCCUGCUGUUAUACAGUAUGCACCUCCAAGCAUGGGCUACCAAAACAGUGAGGUACACGACCAUGUUCAGAAAUCAUUUGAUUCUACAGUGUCUGUUAAUGCACGCGUAACGAAAGCUGUCACUCACUCGGUCCCCGUCCAUUCCAGGCCUGUUAUGUCCGGCUGGGCUAAAGAUAUGCAUUCCGGGAGCAACAAACAUGAUUCACAUACAAACCAUGAAGAGCUUCAAAGUGAUGCUGAAUUAACUUUUGAAACAAAGUAUCAUUGUCAGGAAAGUAAAGAAAUGAAUGUUGCUGUUGAUUUAACAACAACCAGAUCGAAUACGUUCAGGAAAACAAACUUUACAACUGCCAGAAGCAACCUUUGUGAAGAAGCUCUUGAUCUAUCAGUGCCUAGAAAGUCCCCUUCUCCUCCAAGUAGCUCUUAUUCAGAGUCUAGCAUACCUUUGUCGCCAACUUCUUCAUCUACGCCUUUGACACCUAUCAGUAGUACAAGUUUUACUGAAAAAUUUCAAGCGUUAUCCACGGCCGAUGUUGUUUCUGCACCCAACCAGCUUUCACAAGGGUAUGUAGACUUGAAUCGUUUAAAAGAGAUAUAUACACAUAACAUGAAUGCACUGGUGAAAAGCCAAGCCCAUGAUCCAAAUUGGAAUGACAAUAUUCAAAAUCCGAACACUACUAAGAUUUACCCACGCGCUACGAUGAGUAAUGGUGUGAAGGCUGCCCCUGUUACAGUUAAUGUUCAAAAUACAGAAUCGGGGAAAAUGUACCAGUGCCAGCUAUGCAACGUAAUGUUUAAACAUCGUCAUCAUGUAGUCCGACAUAUGCGCUCACACACGGGGGAGAAACCGUUCCAUUGCCAGGAGUGUGGUGCUCGUUUUGCUCGCAAAUGCAUUUUGACCAAUCAUAUGAGAGUGCAUACAGGUGAGAAACCCUUCAUUUGCCGCGAGUGCGGUGAUAUGUUUAGUCGUAAACAUCAUCUUGUGAUCCAUGUCAGAACACACACUGGGGAAAAACCGUACUGUUGUGGCAAAUGUGGGGCCGCAUUCUCACGCUCGCACCAUCUCGGACGCCACAUGAAGACACACGAAACUAAACAGGGACUGGAUGGAUCGGAAAACACGGUUGACCAAUACCAGUGUACUAAAUGUCCUGCAAAAUUUGCCCAUCCAAACAGCCUAAGUCGCCAUGUCAAGAACCAUAACUCUCCAAAUUUUGAAUCCAGGUUAAUGCCCCCCGCCUCAAGUAGCACAGUUUAUACAUCUGAGGCCGCAACUCCAUUAACUCAUAUCAGCCAUCGUCCAUUGCCAUCAUCAACUACCGUAGCAUAUCCCAUUUCAUCAACAUAUGCGCUUCCUUAUCCAAGUCUGACCGCAGUUCAAACUCCAUUGUAUGUAGCGGAUUCCACAAACCAGAUAAAAACUGAAUCAUCUGUAUUUUACACGUUAGACAGCAUUCCAGUCCCAAGAACAGACGUCGUUAUACCCCCUUCCUCGGGGUUGACGCCAAUGAGUUCGGUUCUUGCGUCUUUAACAAUGGAUCAUUCCACAGUUGUCAAAGAAGAGAUUAGUGAUGUUAAUGAAUAAGGCAUCAAUGUCUGACUGAGAUACAGGGCAUUAUUCAAUUAUAUAUAUUUUUUUCGUAAUAGUGUUAUUUAAUAUUAACUAAAGAAAAAUAAUAUUAAAUUCAAGAGCUAGGUUUAAUACCUUUAUUUUUAUAUUUAAAUGUUGUUAAUAAUACUAGUUUGUAUAUAUAUCAUAAAGCAUUAAUAAAUAUUGUUCAAUAUUGUAAAUAUAAUCAUUUACUUACGGUUUGAAUGUAUGCAAUGAAUGUAUAAUAUUUAAAUGUGCAAAAUAAGGAAUAUUUAUGCAUUUAGGAUUAUUUUAAUACAUUAUUUUGUGUUUAAGGUUAAUACAUUUUUAUAUGUUUGUAUGUGAAGUAUAAUUAUGUUCUGCAUAUGUAUCAUGCUUUGUUUUUUUUUUUAAUUGAAUACAACUUUUUUUCUAUGCAAUUUUAUUCAAGAUAGGAUAUUUAUACUGUGUAGAAAUUAUCAGCUGUUUUGCUUGUUAAGUUUGAGGUUUCUUUGUAAAUAACAGUUUACUUCUCAUUUCUUAAUACAGGUCUCCCUUUUAAUUAAAGACCACUUUUGGGACCGGGGUUAUCAUGGCCUUUAGCAGCCUUGGUCUCUGAUUAGAAUUAUAAAAACAAAAGACAUUUGUUAAUUUGGGACCACAGAAAAGUGGUCUUUAAUUGGAGGUGGUCUUUAAUUAGAGGGGUCUUUCAAUAGAGGGAGACCUGUAAUUUCUAUGGUUGUUGGUUGAGAAAACCUUUACAAGUUCCUUGAUUCAAAACAUGUAAAUAAUGUGUUGAUUUGCAAGUCUUAGCAAUUCUGGACUCUUGAAAAUUGCCAAAGAUUGGAAUAUGUAAACCCUAUCCUAUAAUUAAUAAGUAAGAUAGUUUGAUUAGUAGGUUGUCUGCAAUAAGUAAGCCAAGAAAUGUUUUAUUUUUGUAUACAUAUUAAUAUAUACACUUAAUACUGUACUUGUUUUAGCUGCAUCCCAUUUAACAGAUUUUUUAUGCUAAUUAUUUAUGAAGAACUAUGCAUUGCAUUGGUCAUAAAGAUCAUUGCUUUUUUACAAUAUCAAGUGCCCUUAAUCAAUUAAGAAAUAUUUGUUAUACUACCUUUUUAGAAAAUCAUUUAUUUUGAAAGUUUCAUCGUUUUGGUAUCUGUGAGUUAACGUUUACAGCUAUCUGGCUGCUUGUACAUUUUAUACCGUCAUAUAUACAGUAUAUAUAAAUACAUUUUCCUUUGAGAAAAUUUCCAACUGACUCAUAAAAUAUUUCUACCUAAUGGCAAUUAUAAGUGGUUUCUGGGGAAUUACAAUAUGAACCAUCAGUAAAUUUAAACACAUAACAGAAAAUGACUUAUAAUUAAAAUAAUGAGUGAUGCUAAAUGAACACUUAUUUAAAGUUUUGAAUAACUAGAUCUUCAUGCAGUACAGUAUUAUUAAAUUUGCUUUGUUAAAGAAAUUCUAUUUUUUAACCAAAAUAACAGUGACAAUAACUUUAAGCAGUUGUUUUUGUACCAUGACAAAGCCUGUCUUAUUGAGUUAUAUCUCUAUGGUGAAUAGUCCAACAAACUGUUUGUUUUGUUACCUCAUUUAAUACCCAGCUUUCACAUAGGCCUGUUAUGAACUAUGGGUAUUUUUCCAUCAAUAUAUUUACACACUUGUACCAGGAAAUGCUCACGCCUAAAUCUUUAAAAUACAUAAUUAUGUGUUUGUUUUAUCGAGUGUUUCUCUUUAUCAUUAUUUGUUUCCAUAAAUAGUUUAAACAAUAACAGGGAUUUUUUUUCAUUGUAUUGUUUUCUAUCUUUUAUCACCUGUUUGUAUCCCUAAUCACAUUUGCUUUUUGUAUCUCUAGGCCUAUACCCUACUAUCAUUGUAUAGUUAUUUACUAAUAGGUAUAUUUUCGUUACUAUAAGACAGAUUGCCGUAUCUUUUCUCCAUCUAUGCAAUCCCUAAUCAUAUUUGCUUUUUGUAUCUGUAGACCUAUACCCUUCUAUAGUUAAUUACUGAUAGUAUAUUUUCGUUAUUAUAAGACAGAUUGCCAUAUCUGUUCUUCAUCUAUGCAUUUUUUGUGAUUUUUUUUUAAAGAAAGAUUAUUGUUUAAGAUUGUCACGUGUACUGGUUUGAUAUAUUAUUGUUGUGCAAUUUCCAAAAAGGCAAAGAAUAUAUAUAUAUUAAACACAGAAAUUUGAAA